AGUCAAUUGUGAUUGGUUGAAGUCCAAAGCCACGCCCACUAAAGUUCUUCAUAUUCUAGAGAUUCACUGUCAAACUGCACACGCCUCUGAUACAGUUGCAACUUUGCAGGUAAAGUUGUGUCCCGUUUUACAUUCACCAUGAAUCCUUCAGGACAAAUGAAAUCAGGAAAGACUUUCCUCUUCACUUCUGAGUCCGUAGGAGAAGGACAUUCAGAUAAAAUGUGUGAUCAGAUUAGUGAUGCUGUUUUGGACGCUUACUUGACACAGGACCCGGACUCUAGAGUGGCAUGUGAAUGUGUGUCAAAGACUGGCAUGAUCCUUCUUUGUGGUGAAGUGACAUCAAAAGCAGUUGUGGAUCUUCAGAGAGUGGUCAGAGAUACUGUAAAAACUAUUGGAUAUGAUGACUCAUCAAAGGGUUUUGACUACAAGACAUGUAAUGUGCUUGUGUCGCUGCAGCCGCAGGUCUCUGAGAUCAGUGACUGUGUGUUUGAAGGCCGGGACUUGGAGGACAUUGGUGCUGGUGAUCAGGGUUUAAUGUUCGGCUACGCCACUGAUGAAACAGAAGAGUGUAUGCCUCUUACCAUCCUUCUAGCACACAAACUCAAUUACAAAAUGAAGGAGCUUUCGAAAACUGGAGUUUGUCCUUGGAUUCUGCCGGAUUCGAAAACACAGGUGACUGUGGAGUAUCGGGACAACAUGGGCGCCAUGGAGCCUGUGCGUGUUCAUACUGUGGUCAUCUCAGUCCAGCACAGUCCUGACAUCACACUGGAGGAUAUACGGCACAACCUGAUGGAGAAGGUUGUGAAGGCCGUCAUCCCUGCCAAGUAUUUGGAUGACAAGACUAUUUAUCACCUGCUGCCAAGUGGGAAGUUUCUUUUAGGUGGUCCACAAGGGGAUGCUGGUCUCACUGGCAGAAAGAUCAUCGUGGACACGUAUGGUGGAUGGGGUGGUCAUGGUGGUGGAGCGUUCUCUGGUAAAGAUUACUCUAAAGUGGAUCGCUCAGGUGCUUAUGCUGCCCGCUGGGUGGCCAAAUCGCUCGUCAAAGCCAAACUGUGUCGCAGAGUUUUGGUUCAGAUCUCAUAUGCUAUUGGUAUUAGUCACCCUUUGUCAGUGUCUGUUUUUCAUUACGGCACAUCAAACAGAGAUGAGGAUGAUCUUUUGGAGAUUGUUAAGAAGAAUUUUGACCUUAGGCCAGGGGUCAUUGUCAAGGAGCUUGAUCUGAAGAAACCAAUCUACCAGAAAACAGCCUGCUAUGGACACUUUGGACGUGAAGGAUUUCCUUGGGAAAAGCCGAAGACACUCAUGUUCUGAGAUCCCUCAAGAUCAAGACGUACUGUAGAAUCUACACAUUCCUUUCAGUUUCAAUGGUUAUAAUUGUUUUCGUGGUGAUGUACUGUGUAAUGACUGAAAUGAUUUAAUCUAUAAAGGCAUUUCCUUAAGAGAAAUCUAAAAAGUAUUUAAUAUUUUUUAAAUGAAUAGAAAUUAGUUGAAUAUUGUGGAAAAUGUGAUUUUUUCUGUUCGUUUUAAAUAUAGAAUCUUAUGGACCAUAUAAACAAAUGUGAAGACCAUGAGGGUAUUAAACCUCUUUUAAAUGGUACCUCGAUUAUGCCUACAGAUGUUGUAUCAUAAUUUUCCUGUUUCAAUUAAUAAAAAAACAUUUACCAAAAUUAA